AUGGCUCCUCUCUGUCCCCGGUUGCCCGGCCAUCCGGCUCUUCCCAUCCUUCCAACCGUUUCCUUUCCUCGUCUCCCUUCGACAAAGACUUUUAUAGCCUCGUUCGCAUAAAACGGCAACCUGCACCCAUUUCUUCGCCAAUCAUCCCUUCUCUCUCUCUCCCCUCAGAAGAAGAGGAAGAAACCGAAGAAAGGGGGGAGGUUUAGGGCUUGUAAUGCAGCAGAAUUCUCGAGUUCUUGGAUUGCUUCCGCCCUAGGGUUUUUGCUCCUGAGGGUGGAGAGAAAGAUGCGUCCCUGCUUUGGGCGGAGCUGCCUCGCAUUCCUCCUCAAGUUCUUUAGCUUCUUGCAGACAUUCGUCGGUGUAUCGAUCUUGAUCUAUUCGGUAUGGGUGCUAAAUAGCUGGAACCGGCAAGGGCUUGGUCUUGAUCUCGAAGGCCUCCCGGCUCCUUGGUUUAUAUGCGCUAUGAUGGCUGUCGGGGUUCUGCUGUGUCUGGUUGCUUUUACUGGACACGUUGCUGCUGGGGUUGUCAAUGGUUGCUGCCUCUGUUGUUUUGCAGUAUUGAUUACUAUACUCAUUUUACUAGAAGCAGCUUUGGUGGGUGUUCUGAUGUUUGACAAACACUGGGAAGAGGAUCUUCCAUAUGACUCUACUGGAGAACUGAAAAGCCUUUGUGCAUUUAUAGAAGAGAAUAUGGAUAUAUGCAAGUGGGUUGCUCUAACUGUGAUUGUUAUUCAGGCACUCUCCCUUCUUUUGGCAGUGAUUUUAAGAGCCACGGUUCCUGCUAGAAGAGUAGACUACGAUAGUGAUGAAGAUCUCAUAGUUUCAACGAGGCCACUUUUAAAUGCACAAGGUGGCCCGUCUUAUCCUACAACCUCUGUUGACAGCAAAGGGUUUCACUCAGACUUCUGGAGUUCACAAAUGAGACAGAAGGGUCUGCAAACAGUAAAGGGUUGAGGAUGUUGAGGUGGAUCUGUGAGAGACUAGUAAGUGUUCAAUUUCAGUAGAUUAGAGAAGCAUUGGAAGCAGCACCAAUAGAGCACAAGUGACAAAGGACCACUGAAAUGGUUGGCACAUAUGCGGCACUGCCAGAUACAGCCCUGGUGAGGAAUGAUCUGAGAUGAAUGAAAAAGAAGGAAAUAAAAAAUGACUUGGAUAGCAUACUGAUAGAUAAUUUGUUGGCAGUUCCUAUUUUGUAAGGUCUGAUCUGCUAGGAUCAAUGACAGAGUAGGUUCCAUUUGCCAAUCGUUGGUUGAUGGGAUUAGUUUCCUUACCAUUCUGUAUACUUUAAAUGAUUUGCUCUUGCUUUCAAUCUUCCUAUG